AUGCAUUGCUCGUACUCUUUUUUUCUAGUGACUGCUUUCGCAAUGUGGCGGCCAAGAAGUUGGGAUGACUCGAAAAUUUUAACUGCCCUGUACACUUUGUACAGUAUACUUUCGUUCACGGUGUAUUACACCUUUUUGAUUUCGCAAAUUUUGGAUAUCGUACUGCUGGCGGAAAACAUUCAGCAAAUAACGGAAAAUAUGAUACAGCUUAUUAAUGUGGUCAAUGUGUCUCAGAAAAGCCUCUGUUUCUUCUUAAAGCGAAAGAAAAUCAUAAGGUUCAUGGAUUACUUUUUCGAGGAUAUGACUUUGCCGCAGUCGCCUAGGGAAAAAGAGAUCCAAAAAUCAUUCGACGACGAGUCCAAAGGAAAUUCCCAAAAAUUAUUCGUUCUCUAUAGCGUAUCCGUGGUGAUGUACGUGUACAUGCCAUUUUUUAUAUCGAAGCGCGAAGACAGAGUGUUGCCAUACAGAGCCUGGAGGCCUUACUCCCUCGACAACGUCAACUAUUACUACUUGGCCUACCUUCACCAGAGUUGGUCAGUCACUAUAGCCGCAACGGGAAACGCAGCAACCGAGACGUUGGUCAGCGGAUUCAUGAUUCAAAUAUGCGCGCAGUUCGAAAUUCUGGAACAUCGCUUCAUGCAGCUGCCGAAGAUAUUGAAGGAGAUGCGGGAAAACGGAGAAUCAGAGAGCACCGUUCUCGCGACGGAAAGAAGCAUAAUUAUCAAGCUCAUACAUCACCACUGGCGCAUCUUCGAGAUGACGGAGCUUUUCAACGAUAUUUUCGUUUUUGUUAUUCUAUCACAAUUCGUGACGAGUAUAACGGUUUUGUGUGUUAGCACAUAUAACCUGGCAUUGUGCAAAUCGGUGAAUAAUGAUUUCGUGACCAUAUUUAUGUACUUACUUUGCAUGUUGCUGCAAAUAUUUAUGUACACAUGGUACGGCAAUGAAAUAACAUUAAGGAGUUGUGAUUUAGGCAAUCGCAUAUUUCUUUCUGAAUGGAGAUCACUGAAUCCUCCUACUGUAAAAAAUCUGUUGAUUAUAGCCCAAAGAACGAUGAAACCUAUAAUUUUGAGUAGCGGAUAUGUAAUCACGUUGUCAAAUGUUGCCUUCACAAGUAUUGUUAAAACAUCGUAUUCUGUAUUCAAUGUUUUGAACGUAUGA